AUGAAAACAAAAGAAGCGCAAAAUGUUGCAUUAAUAUUUCAAUCAAUAUUUUAUCAAUUUGGACCUCCACGGAUUCUCCAGUCCGAUAACGGACGGGAGUUCACAGCAAAAGUAAUUUUGGAUUUGAAAAAGACUUGGCCAGAGUUAGUUAUUGUUAAUGGAAGACCUCGUCACCCGCAAAGUCAAGGGCUUAUAGAAAGGGAGAACGCAGUUGUACAACAGAUGUUAGGAAAAUGGAUAGAUACAAAUAAAACGAGAAAUUGGGUUGGGGGUCUCGCACCGCGCUCAGAUGAAGAAUUCUGGCGUAAUAUUCAACAACAGAAAAUAAUAAUAAAUGACGAUGAUACAGAUGCAAAUGGUGAACAGAGAAUAAUACUAGAAGAAGAACUGCCAAAUGAAACACGUUUAUUACUUGAUGAUUUUGAUAGAAAAGCUGAUGAUGUUCAACAAAAUAACAUUUUAGAUAAUAAUCAACAAGAAGAUGCAUAUAAAGGUCAAGAAACUCUCUUUGUUAACGCCAAUACCACUCAAGGUGUGAUUCAAAAUGGUGAUUUAGAAAACUUAUUCGGUGAUGAUGUCGUAGAUGUUCAUACUGAUAAUCAGUUAAACAUUAAUCAAAAUGAUGAAAAUUUACUGAACUGGUUAAAUUCAAUAACCGAUAAAAAUAGUAAUGUAGGUGAUAAAAGUUCAAAUGAUAAUGCACAAUCCGUUACUAUAAAUCAAACGGUGCCUAGUGAUAUUGUACCUGACACCGCUUCUCUUGAACCAGCUAUCAACAAUCGUCACAAACGUAUUCGCUAUGAAGGCGAACAACACUACCUUGCAACGGCUGAAAAACAAUUACAUAAAUACAACACGAGUAUAAAUAAACGACGGACAAGUUAUCAAUUGGAUGACAUAGUUGGAAUAAAAAUUUCAGAGGUGGAUCGAACAAAUACUUCAUCAACAAUAUUACCGUGUAAAAUAACCAAUGUAUGUCAACGAGGUGAUUGCGGUAUGCAGUUAUAUGAAGUAGUAACAAUAUACGGUUUAAUUAAAGAUUUAUAUCAAUCAGAAGUUUUCUAUGAUCUUAGUAGUUCUAGUUUUGCUGAGCUGCGCGCCUUGAAUGUUGUUAAUUUACCUCGCAUCACAUUUAUACAAGCUUGUCAGUUUUAUACUGAUUUCAGGUCUUUUGAAACAUGCAAAUGUGCAGGCACUUGUGAUACUAACAGAUGCCCAUGUAAAAAACGUAAAACAUUAUGUUGUACUAAAUGUCAUAAAGGCAAAACAUCGCAAUGUAAAAACUGUUGA